AUGGAUGGCAGAGUGGGAGUUGGCGGAGGAUGGAUGGCAGAGUGGGAGUUGGGGGAGGAUGGAUGGCAGAGUGGGAGUUGGGGAGGAUGGAUGGCAGAGUGGGAGUUGGGGGAGGAUGGAUGGCAGAGGGGGAGUUGGGGGAGGAUGGAGGCCAGAGGGGGAGUUGGGGGAGGAUGGAUAGCAGAGUGGGAGUUGGGGGAGGAUGGAUGGCAGAGUGGGAGUUGGGGGAGGAUGGAUGGCAGAGUGGGAGUUGGGGGAGGAUGGAUGGCAGAGUGGGAGUUGGGGGAGGAUGGAUGGCAGAGUGGGAGUUGGGGGAGGAUGGAUGGCAGAGGGGGAGUUGGGGGAGGAUGGAGGCCAGAGGGGGAGUUGGAUGGCAGAGGGGGAGUUGGAAGUGCAAAGGGGAAAUUGGGGGAGUUGGGAGAACAGAAAGGGAGUUCAGGGGUGGUGUGUGGGCAUAGGGGGAGUUGGGGUGGCUGGUGGAAAGGCAGAGGGGGAGUUGGAGUGGGAGCUGGGAGGGCAGAGUGGGAGCUGGGAGGGCAGAGGUUGUGUUGGUGUGGUAGCUGGGAGGGCAGAGGGUGGGUUGGUGUGGGAGCUGGGAGGGCAGAGGGUGGGUUGGUGUGGGAGCUGGGUGGACAGAGGAGCAGCUGGUGUGGGAGCUGGGAGGGCAAGGGGGAGCUGGUAAGGGAGCUGGGAGGGCAGGGUCUGGUUGUGGGAAGUGAUGGGUACGAAAGAGGGUGGGUGUGGGAAGUGAUGGGAAUGGCAGAGGGUGGGCGUGGGUAG